AACAAAAUGGCGCUAAGAUUUUAGUAUCUGUGUCCCGUAAGCUGUAAUUUUGUUUAAGUGCGGUUUACCAGUGGAAAGACAUACUUAUAAUUAAUAAUAUUGAUUAAUGCAAUAAACAUUUGAAAAUGGCUCGGAAUAAAUCUCCGUCGGUUGCUUCCGAAAAAGAUAAAAAGAAGCUUAAAGAUAAAAAGAAAAAGGGAGAUUCAGGAUCCAGCAGUAGUGAAAGCAGUGGCAGUUCAUCGGAAAGCAGCUCGUCAAGAUCGUCAUCUCGUUCGUCGUCGAGCAGUUCUGGCAGUUCCUCUCGCUCGUCAUCUAGCUCCAGCUCUUCAAGCAGUAGCAGUAGUAACAAUGAUCGCUCGAGGCCAAAGAAGAAAACAUCUCCUAACAAGAGUCCUAUAAAAGAUCGCCGUGAACCCGAUGCAGAAAGACUAAGAGAUAGGUCGCCUAUCGGAGACAAGAAAAAAUUUGCAACACCAUCAACUAAUGACAAAGCUAAAAGCAAAGAGAAAACUGAAAGAUCACCAGGCCGUAAAAAGCGGGAACGAUCACCACCUCCUCGUCCCACUCGAAUACAUAUUGGCAGAUUGACAUUGAAUGUGUCAAGGGAUCACAUACAUGAGAUAUUCUCCACUUAUGGUAAUGUUAAAGCCGUGGAAUUUCCAAUGGACAGACUUCACCCCCAUAAUGGUCGUGGCUAUGCUUAUGUGGAGUUUAGCAAUCCAGAUGAUGCAGAAAAUGCAAUGAAACAUAUGGAUGGAGGACAAAUCGACGGUCAAGAAAUCACCGCGGCCCCGGUGCUGGUGCCGUCUCGACCGCGCCGGCCCUCGCCGCGCCCGCCGCCCCGACACGCGCCGCCCCGUCGACAUUCGCCGCCGAGGUACCGCCGCCGCAGCCCGCCCCCGCGGCGUCGCUCGCCUCCGCGCCGUCGCCGCUCGCGUUCGCGUUCCCCUCGCGUCGCUCCGCGCCGCCGCCGCUCCAGGUCCUCCUCCUCUUCCUCCCGGUAGACCCACUAUAAAAGACAUAACUCAACACACACUCAUUUCUCACAUUAAACCUUAUAUAAAUUCAAUAUUAUUUCUGCCCAUUCCUACAUUCUAAAAUUUUAGUUGUGUUGUUAUGGUGAUUCACAAUAUACAUAAAAUAACAAAGGUGACCUAAGUGAUCUUUUAUACCAUGUUUGUUUAUAAGAUGUAAUUAGUUUAUUACUAGGCAGCAUUUCAAUAUGAGCAUUUGAAUUCAUUUAUUUAUAUGUUUAAUGUAUAUAUAUUUUCUAAAUUAUGCUAAAUGGGCUAUCAAAAUCCUUCCAUGAAAUAUAUUUAAUUAUACCUAUUUUAAGGUUCGUGAACACUUCAAAUAAUCAAUACUAGGUAUGUUAUUGUAUUCCUUUACACAUAGCAUGUAACUUAGGUAUGAUGUCCAUCAAAUACAGAGUUUAUUAAAAUGCUUAUUAUUCUUCAAGUCAAUACUAAUUUUUCCAAUGUGUAGCCAAUAUAAAUAAAAAUCGCCUCAUUUGUAAAAAUGUCUAAAUUGAUGUUUUUGAAUUUUUAAAAAAUCUUCGAAGUGCCAUGUUUAUUUGAUGUGAUGUCAUACAAUUAAUUAUUCGAUUUCUAACAUCUUAUGAACUAAAAAGGUAUAAUAUACAAUACAAUUAAAAUUUUAUAAUGUUUAUCUAGGAUUUAAAAAAAUGUUACAGCUAACACACAAAGGUCUCUCAAAAACACCAAGAUUGUUUACAUGAUUUUCUAUUACAAAUUGAAUAACACUUUUUCAUUAUGAAAAUGAACCAUAACAUACAUUAGCUAUAAAUACCACUGCAUGACACAUUCCAGAGACUUCGUAUGGGUAAGUAUAAAUUGAAUACCCAUUUUAUAUGCCUAAGAAAUAUAGAAAAGACCAGGAUGGGUAAGUAUAUAAUAUUUCAUGAUUGUCAUACGAUUUAGGAACUUUGACUUAAAAUUAAUAAAUAAUUUCUUGUUAUAAAAGCUUGCAAAAUGGAAACUGACCAGAGUGAGUGAUCAGUGCAAAUAAAAUAAAUUGACAGAAGUGCAGUGCUUAUGUAUCUUUGAAUUUUAUUCUGUAAUAUAAAAUGAACCUUUUGUUAAUAAAUAUAAAGAAAUGA